AUGACCGUCUCUGCCGACCAAUCGUCUGCCGUCGCUCAUGUGUCGCAAGUCGGCCAUGCCGACCCCUCACGCCCGAUCUCUGGCCCUGCUGCCGGCCAGUCUGGCCAACCCCUAACGUCUUCUCGCGCUGUUGCCGGUCGGGUUGUUACCCCUAGGGCCACGAAAGUGAGUGGUCAAGCUCCUAUGGAGCCUCUGGACCCACUGAACACCCGAUCUGGCAAUAGCCGAGCCACAAUGGAAGGUUCGACCACGCCGCUUCAUGUCGACGGCCAUGAGGACUCCCUCAACACUCGACCGGGACGCAAUCGUACCGCGUCUAAAGACCCUACGCCCUCCACGGCCAUCCCCGAACGCGUUGUUGCCCCUAGGGCCACGAAAGUGAGUGGUCAAGCCCCUUUGGGGCCUCUGGACCCACUGAACAAUCGAUCGGGUGGCGGCCAUGUCAAAACACCUGUAUCAGCAACUACCGUCUUGGACAAGACUGAAGUCGACGUUACUUGGCGUGCAUUAUGGUACAAGACUCAUUCCAAUGUUCGCUGCCGCCCUACGGAAACCGAAUUUACUACGGCCAUGCGAGCGUUUCAAGCAGGCAACUUGUCCGAUGUCGACCGUCGACUCGCAGCCACGGCAUCGCCACCUACGCCAACUCCGCCAGAAGAAAAGUUCAACAUGUUGAUCGCAUGCAAGUCAGCGGUUGCCACCUUUCCACUCCAAGUCAUCCUAGAUAGCCUGGCGACAACCCACCAACCGGCUACUUGGACGACUGCGAAGAGUGUUUGCCGCGACUUCAUGCGAGUCAAGAAUGUCGGGAUUAGUUUCAAUUGCACGGAUCGAGAUAUGGUCACCAGACUUGGCGGUUUGAAGCUCAUGAUAUGUGGAAGACCGUUUCCCAUCCGGGAAUAUUCCGAAUACUCGCAUCUGUAUUGGAUCGACCUGACGUUGGCAUCCGAUACUCAACCCGAUGACAUCUGGACGUACUUCGACGCGCGCGGGGAACCACCCGUAAUGAACAAGUCAACAUUCGGCAAGAACUCCAUCCAAUCGCGCCAUAUUACCGUGUAUUUUGCAACUCGAGACCCCCCCAAGUGCCUGAUGUUUGCACCCAACGACCCAGUACGAGAGCUCUUCGUACACGGGCCUGAAUCACCCCCGACCUUUGUACAUCAUCGCAUCACGCGAUACAACAAAACCGUACCCCCCAGUCUUCGCACAACACGUCAACAACCACGCCAGGGUAACAACCAAGCGUCCAAGCCAGCCAAGGCGGUGCACAACAACUUCAACACUGUUGCAACUGUCGAGCCCGGCCGACGCUCCUAUUGA